AUGCCUCCAAUAUCGUACCUGUUCGCAUGUGAGUGGUGUCUCGAGCACUUCACGCAACGUGGCGCGCUUGUGGCGCACAAGCUCCACAGCCAUGACUGCAGGCUGGAACGCAGGCGGCGACUUCGUUACCUUGCCCGGCAUCCCGACGCUGACAUCAAUGACGUCUUUGGUGAUGCUUUUGCCCACGUCGAGGGCAAUGCGACGGUUGAAGCUGAAGAUGUGGCACAGCACCCAGAGGGCUUGGAUGCUCAACCCUCGGGCGGGAGUGGCAGCGACGACGACGUGGAGACGGAGGAAUGGGCCAGUGACGACAGUGACUAUGACGACGGGGCUUCUUCCGAAAGCGAUGACGACGCCAGCAGUGUGGACGACGUCGAUUUCAAGACCGCUCUGGAGUUCUUCCACUUCGUCGUGGGCUGCAACGGUGGCGAAGGCCUUAGCAACAAGUGUGUCGCCUGGCUUUUCAAGAUAUUGAGAGACCCGUGUUUGGAUUUAGACGCCAUUCGCCGCUGGCGUACCAAACGCGCUGUCCUCCAGUACGGCCUCCGGCUCAUGAUGGCGCGACGUGUUUACCGGACGGAGGAAGUGCGCAUUCCGGGGGUCGACCACACCUUCGAGGUCAUGUUGGCCAGUAUCGUCGAGGCCUUCACACGACGCCCUAAUCCUGUACUAAGCGCAUUGACAAUGCGCUUUUCUAUGCCGGGCAACAUUGUGCGCAUGAUCUGCCGGCUCAUUCGAGGGCUUACUUGUGCAAGCAUGCCAUUUCACGCUCUUCUACCACGACGCCCUCCGGACCCUUUGCAGGCUGCACUGGACGCGCUUCAUGGCGAGGGCCAGGUCGUGGCCCCCAUCAUCCUUUCAAGCGACGCCACCAUUCUCAGCGGGAAUGAGCGCGUGAAGGUGUGGGCGGUGUAUCUGAGUCUCGCGAACAUCCACCUCCGCCUCCGCUGGGGCGACUCUGGCAAGAUUCUGCUCGCCUUACUCCCGAUGCCCACCCAAGGAAUGACGGCUGAGCAGAAGGUGCAGCUUUUCCAAGCUGCGAUGCAGAUAGUCCUGGCAGAUCUCAUUGUUGCGUCCCACACGUGGGUAUGCUUCUGCAUGCAUAUUUCCGGUGACAUUGGGAUUGCGGCGCGCGAUCCAUGGGGGGUCGACCGGGUCAUCUGGCCCAUCCUCUUCUCCUACGUGGCGGAUUUCCCAGAGACCUGUAAGGUCUCCUGCACCCAGCAGCAUGGCAGUGCGAUGCCGUGCUCUCUGUGCUAUGUGGAUCGCGGGCAUCUCCGGUGCAUGACGGCGGCUGCAUCGGAGCCUCGCACCGUGGAUCAGCAGUCUUCCCUGCUGCAUAACCCACGGCUCGCAAGAACGUACUCCACUCUCUGCAUCCCGUCGUUCCUGUGGGAGUGGAACUUCGCCCGAACUGUAUGGGGCAACACGUAUCUGUCCCAGAUGCCGGACAUACUGCAUAUCAUCUACCUGGGCUUCUGGCUCUACCUGCGCGCAGCACUGCACGGGCCCGAUUCGCGCGCCGCCACCCUUGACGAGUACGUAAUAACCCCAGGGGUCAUCAGCAGCCGCACCAUCGUCGCGUUUCUGGACUGGCACGAGACUUACGUGAGGGCCGCGCAGCACACUGACGAGAGCCUGAGCAUGUUCGGCACGGCCACGCGUAGGAUGGUGCAGCUUGUGGAGAGCACUUUCCCACGCGACCACUCUGGGUGGAACUUGGUGAAGGUCCACCUGCUGCUCCACCUCACAGAGGCGUUUCGAAGGGGGGGGCUGCCACGUGAAUACUCUGCGGCAGUUUACGAGAACGCCCAUAUCCGCACCUGCAAGAGGCCGUAUCGGGCGUCGAACCACCGGGACCUGAGGCGUGCGAUCGCACAGCACAACACCAACACGGCGCUCCUGACCCAUCUCCCUACCAACCUCGAGGGAGAUCGGCAGUACAACACAGCGUUGCGACGGGCCAUCGCUGCUGGUCUGCCCCAGCUGUGCCGCCAGCGCUACCGGCUGCUGAGCGAUAGCAGUGCGCAGGAGCAGGCGCCGCUGGGCCUGUACGCGACAUACGAUGCCGCCAUCCCUGGAGGGAUCGGGCCCUACGAGAUGCUGUGCCGCCUGUACGGCUACAUCCCGUUCCCAGCAUGGGUCCACACCGCACUCGCCCUCCCCGGGCGCGAGAUGGACUACACCCUGAUCAGGCCGCAUUACGCCCGUGCAGCUCCCUCUCUCCAUGGGGCACCUGCGUUCUCGUUCAUCGAGUAUGAGGACGGGAGCGGGGAGUUGGUGCAUGGCCGCGUGCACCUCCUGCUGACGCUGACGAUGAGCAGCUGCGACGCCGACCCUGCGGGAGAGGAGCUGGCCUUCGUGAGGCGGUGGUUCCCCUCACAUGAGGACGAGUGCACGGGGUGCAUGAGGAUGCGCCCGUCCGACGACGAACUUGGCUAUGACUUCGUGCCGGUCGUAGCCGUGCAGAGGACCGUGCACAUGGUGGAGUCCUUCGUGACUCCUGGGCUGUGGUUCUUGAACAAGUGGACUGGUCGAUGCCGCGAAGAGAUGCGUUGA